AGCACAAGCCUAGGGCUGUCAGUCAGAGCGCUGCCUGGUCCGGGCCAAGGGUCCCGCGGGACCGGCGGGGCCAUGGCGGCCGUGUUUGAUUUAGACUUGGAGACCGAGGAAGGAAGUGAGGGCGAGGGCGAGCCGGAGUUCAACCCUGCGGACGUGUGUCCCCUUGGCGAGUUAAGGGCUGCUGGCCUGGAGACAGUGGGACACUAUGAGGAGGUGGAACUGACAGAGAGCAGCGUCAACCUGGGUCCUGAGCGCAUCGGACCCCACUGCUUUGAGCUACUGAGUGUUCUGGGCAAGGGGGGUUAUGGCAAGGUGUUCCAGGUGAGAAAAGUGCAAGGCACCAACUUGGGCAAAAUAUAUGCCAUGAAAGUCUUGAGAAAGGCCAAGAUUGUAUGCAGUGCCAAGGACACAGCACAUACCCGGGCUGAGCGGAACAUUCUAGAAUCGGUGAAGCACCCCUUCAUUGUAGAACUGGCCUAUGCUUUCCAGACAGGUGGCAAACUCUACCUCAUCCUGGAGUGCCUCAGUGGUGGUGAGCUCUUCACACAUCUUGAGCGAGAAGGCAUCUUCCUGGAAGACACAGCCUGCUUCUACCUGGCAGAGAUCACACUAGCCCUGGGCCAUCUCCAUUCCCAAGGCAUCAUCUACCGGGAUCUCAAGCCCGAGAACAUCAUGCUCAACAGCCAGGGCCAUAUCAAACUGACAGACUUUGGACUCUGCAAAGAGUCCAUUCAUGAGGGUGCUAUCACUCACACCUUCUGUGGCACCAUUGAGUACAUGGCCCCAGAGAUUCUAGUGCGCAUCGGUCACAACCGGGCAGUGGACUGGUGGAGCCUGGGAGCCCUGAUGUACGACAUGCUCACUGGAUCGCCGCCCUUCACCGCAGAGAACCGGAAGAAAACUAUGGAUAAAAUCAUUAAAGGGAAGCUGGUGCUGCCCCCCUACCUCACCCCGGAUGCCCGGGACCUUGCCAAAAAGUUUCUGAAGCGGAAUCCCACUCAUCGAAUUGGGGGUGGCCCAGGAGAUGCUGCUGAUGUGCAGAGGCACCCGUUUUUCCGGCACAUCAAUUGGGAUGACCUCUUGGCCCAUCGUGUAGACCCUCCCUUCAGACCGAGUCUGCAAUCAGAAGAGGACGUGAGCCAGUUUGAUGUGCGAUUCACACGGCAGACGCCAGUAGAUAGUCCAGAUGACACAGCCCUCAGUGAGAGUGCCAACCAAGCCUUCCUGGGCUUCACGUAUGUGGCACCUUCUGUACUGGACAGCAUCAAAGAGGGCUUCUCCUUCCAGCCUAAGCUGCGCUCCCCCAGACGCCUUAACAGCAGUCCCCGCACCCCUAUCAGCCCCCUCAAGUUCUCUCCCUUUGAGGGGUUCCGGCCCAGUCCUGGCCCACCAGAGCCCAUGGAGCCAUCUCUACCUCCACUCCUGCCACCACCAUCAUCACCACCACCCACAAGUACUGCCCCACUUCCCAUCCGUCCCCCCUCAGGAACCAAGAAGUCCAAGAAGGGACGGGGCCGCCCUGGGCGCUAGGAGAAUAGAAGAGACAGCUGUGAGAACCUGACUGGCUCCGACCUGUGGAUGAGAUGAGAGUGUGCUUGUGUGGGGGGAGGGUGAGCCUUACAAUCGUGUACAGGAGGGCUGCAGGCUGCAGCCACUGGAGGUGUUCCCACCCCCCAUCCCAUCAGAAGGGACUUGGCCUGUCUUUGGACCUGUGCCCUCAUAGGAUUAAAGGACUGAAUCAUGGCAGAGUGA